AGCUACGCCCCUGUUACAUGCACAUGAACAUACCAAACUCUAUCAAGCACACGCCACUGACAUUUUAUCUUCAAUGUCACCUAAAUGACAGUACAUGCUAUAAAGAAGACAUAUUAUGAUAACCUCUUGGCUAAGUUGUUUUCUAAGUUGUUUAUUUUGGGAGUAAGUAAAUUAGGAUACAAAUCAAACAAGAUAAUUUUGCCGAUAGGGAACUAAUUAAAUCCGCAACUAUAAGAUUUAAUUGAGCAGCUUUACAUCGCUGGCGCAUUUCUGUUAUACAACGCAAACUACAUUCCGAUAUCCGGAAAUACCUAUGAACUAUGAAGUAAUUAGAGCCUAUAGAUUUCCAAAUUAUGCUUCUAGUGAAAUUUAUGAAACUUUUAUUAUAACUCUGUAGUUUCCAAUUACAUUGGAAUAAACAUCUUAGAAUGUGAUUGUGACAUAAUUAAAAUUGUUCCCGAUACAAAUGUUUAAUUCUUUAUCAUUAAAAACAGUUUAAAAAGACAACCGUGUAAAAUAUUGUUGCCAAAAUCACUAUGUUUGCAAUUAACCAGUGAUAUAGUAGUGUAAUAAACAUCUUAAAAAGUAUUCUGAUAUCAUUACAAUUGUUCCUGUUACAAAUGUUUUUUAAUUCUUUAUCAUUAAAAACAGGUUUUUUAAAAAAAAAUAUGUAUAAUAUUCUUGCCAUAACUACCACGUGUUUUCAAUUAAUCAGUGAUAAUGGAAUAAACAUCUUAGAAUGUGAUUGUGAUAUUAUUAAAAUUGUUCCUGUUACAAAUGUUCUUUGAUUCUUUAUCAUUAAAAACAGAUCCCAAAAAAUAUGUAAAAUAUUGUUGCCAAAAUCGCGGCAAUUGUUGUAAUUGAGCAAGUUGGAGUCUUUGUUUGCUAGAGAUUGUUCUCCAGGUUGCUACUUUUAUGUUCAUCAAAACAGGUAUUCCAAAGUUAACAUUCACAUGCUUACAUAGACAGUACAAAGUACAGACAGACAGUUUGGUUAUUGUUGAUGCCUUGAUAACGUUUCAACUGCAUGAAGAUAGAUAUAAAUUCCAAAGUUAGAAGAAACCCAAUCUGAUGGUAUUUCACUUUCUAGCUCAUCUAGACAUGCCUGAGUAAUACCUUAGUCAGACAGUGGGUUGAAGAUAGAACUGUCUGCUCCAUUAUUACUCAUUUCCCCACCAACAGAUAUGACUCCCUCUACUCCAUACAGUUCACUUGCAGUCUCCCACAAAUUUUAGACCCAUUGGGUUUUGAAGCUGACCAGAGACCCAAAGCUGAAGUGGACUGGAUUUGGUUGUCCGCAUCCGAUGGCGUGCCCAUGCUUCCUUCCAUAUGCUAAGCUUUUCAUGUAGACAUGAUGGAGGGCCCUCAGGUGUAAAGGGUUUAAAGGAUCAAGGAUGCCUUCGUCCUCCAUAAAGUAGAAAAGUUCACAGUAAAGUACCAACGCACCUGCAAAUACGUCCCUCCACAAUCGUUCAAUUCUUUGGUUAUGUGUACUCUUUCCUGUGAUAGCACUUCUCCUGUUUGGUCCCCUUCUCGAAAUCAUAUUAUCAGCUAUUUGAACAUUCUCAAGUCAUUUGUCAGUCCUUAUUCUAUUUGGCAGACCAUAAGACUCCACAGCUGUCAAAAACAGUACAUAAUUGUUUCUGCUUUGUUAUUAUCGUUACAAGACAUCAUGACUAUCAACCGACUGAACCCAUCAAAGCCACCUAUUAUUACAAAGUUCCACCUAACCAGCUUAUGGUUGGUAUCAAUGUGCCAAAGGUGCCUUGUACGUCGUACACCGUUCGCUUUAGUCUCCCCUUGCUUCGACAUUCGACUCCACGUGCAUCAACGCGAUGAUACUUUCUCGUAGCCUCGACCUUUGAACAGUAAUAUUCUUCAGCUGAAUCAGGAUCUGCCUUAACAUGCAUUCUCCGCAGAAUGGAAACUUUUUUGUUAUCCAAGACAAUGCCUCGUCAAGUUCAUGAUCAGUGAUAUCAGUAAAUGUAAGUGUGUUGAAUCAAACAAACGUUUUAUUAUGCGAAAACAGGAACAACAACAGUCUAAGACCAUAAUACCACAGGCGCCCCGAGCAUGUUCGACGGGCUGUAACAUCCUCCCCGCCGACGUCAACUGAUAUCCAUCUUUGACGACUCUUCUUCUUGAUCUUGCCCAACACAACGCUACGCUCAGCUAUCUGACUGUUCUGCUCCCCGCCGUGAGCAAGUGUGGUAGCUGUCCGUAGCUCUUACCUAUGUAAUUUCUGUACUGGUCGGUUGAGAGUUCCCUUUUCGGUACGCAUCGUAGCAUUCCUGAUUAGUCCGUCCUUGCCAGGGGUGUACGGCUUCGAUCCGUCCCAGAGGCCACUUGCACCGUGUCACAUUAUCCUCCGAUAUCAGCACACAUCUCCUACGCGAACAGGGACCUCUUCCUUCAUCCAUUUUUGACGAAUGGACAGUUUGUGCAGAUAUUCCUUGUGCCAGCGAUUCCAGAAGUGAUUUACGAGCCUUUGUUGAUACAAAUAUCUCGGAAUUAGACUGUCGCCUAGAACUGGUAUUUCCGUAACGUCCGGUCCAUGACCAUGUGUACUUCCGUGGGAAAUUGGUGAUUAAAGCAAACUACUAGGCUAGUUGUGUUCAGAGGACCUCAAAUAACAAGAAAAGUGAUGUUGCCAAGUAUGCAACCUGUCACGUGCCGUUUAACGGGGUUUUUAAGAAAUGACGGUACUCGUUCAGCAUGGAAACGAGGCUCUAUAAUAAAAACAGGAGUAUCUGGCGUUUGUUCAUCAAAUCAUUCUUGCAGGGUAUGUUGGGGAUCACUUAUAUGACUGCCUGAACGUCACGUGCCUAGCACAGCGUGGAAGCGAGGCUGUUUGAUUUUUUUUAAAUCAAUUCUUAAACAAUAAAUAUUCAAUUAUAGCUAAAGCUUCGUUUUAAACACUUUUUAAGAUGAAAAAGCUAGAUUGGAAUACCAGUAAUGAUUUAUUGAUGCUUUUGUAGAAGAAAGGUGCUAGGACGGGCAUUUAUUAAAUAUUUUGUCUCAAAAAACACAGGGAGCCCAAUUCAGAAAUCAAUAGGAUCAUGUGUUUUUUUUCAUUCUAUCUUUUAAAAAACUUUCGAGUAAUUCAUGUUAUAUGACCUGUGUGGUGUAACACUUUCUCGUCAAAAUGAUACUGUCAUAUAGUACAAGGCAAGCCUGUGAACAGUCUCCUCUACUCUUGCAGUGAUGCCGUACUUUCUAUGAUUGCUACCAAACAUUAGGUGUUCAUAAUAACUAUGUAUAUCUGAGCAGUCAUUUUCACAGUCCAUCUUCACAGUCAUGUUAUCUCUUGUCAUGUUUCCACAUUCCUCCCCAUCGUCACAGCAACUGCACAGAUCUGUGUAGCCACCACCAGACUUUCUGUACUUGCAACAAUGGUUGAUACAUCUGUCUUUUGCGCACCCGAACCUGACUAGAUGGAUAAUGGCAUCUGGUGCAGGUGGUAGAUCUGUCAUCACAGGGACCCAGAUCUUCUUGGUGUCUUGCCACUUCCGGCCAUAUACACUUGGUAAUGGCAGCACAGGGUUAGCGACGAUGUCGCUGUUCCACACAAGCAGCUGGUAGUGUGAUCGAUCAAGACGUCUUAAUCAACUGCGCCUCGAGGGUACGAGUCAGCAAGUCUCAGGCUUCUCAAGUAGGGAUUGACGUUCAAAUCUAUGUUGACUGGCUCUAGUGGUUGACAAAUUCUCAACAGCAAGUGCUUCCAUGAAAACGGGGGACCAUUCUGUACCUCCGUCUCGGUCUCUCGGCUCGAGGGAUAUUCCGACUCUUUUCAUCUUCUUAGUCUGGGCUCUAUCACCACCAAAUGUUGACACGUUGAGGAUCUCCGUUGGGCCUCUUAGCUCUAGCGAAUCUGCAAGCUUCUUUGCGAUGUACGAUUUUUGACUGCCCGAAUCAAAAGGACAACAUAUAAUGACGAAAGCGCCGCGCAUAAUGACAAAAGAACCACAUAUAAUAACGAGAAUACCACGUAAAAUGUAAUAUCUACCCCACAUACUUAACAUAUGACAGUUGUGGCGUUCCAUACCCUUGGGCGAGCAAAAGAAUGGUUAAGUACACCUCUUCAUCUAAUUGGUGGAUAUAUUUAUCCUUCUUCCCACCGGCAAAGGACGACUAGGAGAGCAAAAUCAACAAGAGCGUUAAAACAACCGCCAUUUUGUGUUAUGAAGAAUGAAAUAGCUUGGCUACAAAACAACUGAAUGUUAACUAUAUCUACACAGCAUGGCACCAGUGAAAAACUGCAAAUGAGUUUGGCUGUCUGGAAGCCCCCAAAAAGAUAUCAUAAGCUCUAGACCAAAUAAGCGUUAUCUUUAACUUUUUUUAUAUUUUGGUCUAGUUUUGGUGUUAUGUAGCCCAUUCACUUUGAUUGACACUUCAUGUCAGGACGCGUGCUAUCUUGUGCACAGGUAGAUCGGACUGUAACAUUUUAAAACUUCGAGCAAUUUGAGCGAGCAGCAGUCAAAAUAAGCAUAAGGUAAUGCCUCAAAUUGUUUUCCUAUUUCUGUUAGCCAUUUUUCUCUUAUACAUACAUAUUUCACACUCACACGGAAUUUAAUCUUUUAUAACACGGACAUAUGAAGUUUAUUAAUAAAGUGCGUCAAAUUUUAUUACAAAGUGCGUUAGCUUUUUUUAAUACAAAAUGCGUCAAAUUGUAUUACAAAGUGUGUCAGGUAUUACAAAGUGCUUCAAUUUUAUUACAAAGUGCGUCAGGUAUUACAGUGCGUUGGUACAGCGUGGGUAACCUAGGUUUUUAACUCGUGAAUGCUUGCAAAGCAUUUACGAAAAAUAAUAGAAAAAUAGUAUGGACUUUCAUAAGUUGUUUUUUUCCAUAAUUCUUUUUUAUAAAUUAAGUGCUAAAUAUCAAACAAAACUCGUUCAAACACGCUUAUUCAUCAAGAAACGAUCAAUAACGAUUUUGCGAAUUUCUAGAAUGUUGACAUGCUUAAAAUACAUAUGACUGUAGCUUGAUUAAUUAUGUCGGGUAUUUAACUUAUGUUUCCGAAGAAAAUAGGGCGACCACUUCCAAGAUCUAGAUUUCUUUCUUACCCAAUAGUCGCUGUUUGACUUUCGACAUUGUAGUACUUGAAACUGGCGGAUUCAUCCUAUCAAGACCAGAGGCCUUUGUGUGGAAAAUUUCCAUCUGUUUCAAGAAAUCUGCCAUGCUGUCAAAGAGCUCGUUGGUGCUGAUAUAGGCGUGUCGUUUUUUUUUUUUGCUUCGGUUUUUGCUUGUUGUUCUAUUUUAUUCUACUUUUCAAUUCUAAUUUUAUUUUUAAUUUCUUUUAUAUCCCAGUAUUAAAACAAGAUGCUGCAGUAUUUUAUGUGAUUAAUUUAAAAUGUUAUGUGAAAAUAAAGUUAGUGGAUGUUCUUUACAAUUCUAAAACUUGCGUCUAAUUUGUUUUCGUAUUUUAAUUGAGAGAAUUGAAAAGUAAACAAUUUCAAAGUGGGAUAAUUUAAAUUCAAAUAACUCAAAUAUCUGGCCCUGAUACGCUCAUCGGUUUUUUUUAUUUCGCGCAAUGGCGUAUCACGAUAAAUCAUAGCCAUAAAACGACAAGUGUAACAUCACCUCUAAACCAAGAUGCUUCAGAAACCUAUACUAUCACUUCAAACUUUAAGUACAUAUUUAUAUAAGAGUACGAAAUUUUCUUUAUAAUACUAACACUGCUGUGUAUUUUUUUUUCAGUUUUUCUAUUAAGGGCCAUUAAGAGAAUUAAAACGAAAACAAUUUUAAAGUGGGAUGAUUUUAAACAAUGCCGGUACUUAUUUUUAGAAAUAACACGAACAUAACACUGCCUAGUAUUCCAAAUCUUUCCAUGGGCAAAACAGCAAAAACAAGAUCAUAGCUUUUUAUUUCAACUACUGGCGGUCAAAAUGCUUGAUUAGAAUGUACCGUUAGAAUAAAUCAAUAUUAGAAAUUGUGUUAUUAAAACAGCUUGUGUCACAAAAAAUGGAAGACCCAAGACAUUUUAUGGAAUGUUUAUUGUCUGCUGAGGAAUCAUAAGUAAGGAUUUAGACAUGAAACUUGUUUUGACUUGUUUGAAUAUUUCCCAUUGUGAUUGGUUGGAGAAAACAUUCCAUACAUACUUCGAGCUUUGACGGUUUUACUCAGUUAUACUGGUCAUGGUGUAAAUGUUACAUUUUGCCUAAAAUCUCCAUUUUUCUUUUCUACCCUGCUGUGUGUGAUUUUACUCUAUUAGCUUUUAUUUAUAUCAUUUUCGUCAGUCUUCUUGACCCCUCGUCGUGGAUGAAGCCUACCUCGUGAGCUCGGCUAGAGCUUUAAAUCAUGCGACCAAAAGGAAUGGGUACCGCAAGCAUCUGGUGGAACUCGUGGCUCUUGCUGUCGUUCCAAAUAUUUGGUGCAUGCGCAAAACAGUGUAAGCCGCCCACAAACAGCGAGCCCGGUUACAUGAAGAACAGCCUAAUUCAGUCACUUCUUGGCCUAAGUCCCGAAAGAUGUAUCCAAACUUGCUUGCAAACAAAAGGCUGCAGAAGUGUCAAUCUCCACAUCACGCGAGAAAUAUGUGAACUGAACAACGCCAGCAAGACGGACUUUCCUAACGACAUGGACAAAAAGCAUGGAUUCAUCUAUCUACCGAAUAGUCUCGUUACUGAUAAGAUUCAGAUGAUUUCGUGCGCUGACUUGCGUAAAGUGAGGCCUAGCCUGGCAAGUGGAUAUUACUGGAUCAACACAAAGCGCAAGAGACGAAGAGUGUACUGUGAUAUGGACAGGUUUGGCGGAGGGUGGACACUGGUGGUCAGCAUCGACGCUUUGAACAACAAACAUCUCUGGAGAGCCGAAAACUGCGCAGACCCUGACACCUGUGUGUCCCUCUUUGAGACCAAUGUCCCCGCGCGAAAGCUUGCUGACGAAGAAAUACACAGCAUAGCCAUUGAAGGUGUGUUCCGUGUAGAGGCCGUGUACAGCCCAUAUGCGCGGGACAAUAAGAACCCCGACAAUGUCUUCUACAAGAUUCCAAGUGGAGCCAAAAACUUUGAUUCGUCCUGCAGAGCGAGUGCUGGAAUAAUAUGUCCUCCGAUUAUUGUGUCAUAUAAACAUCCAUACGCUUGGGAAUCUAGCCCUUGUACUGGUAUAGCCCGAGGAUACAGAAUCUACAGAUAUCAUCACUGUAUGUUUGACGGUCAUGAUGAUGGAGCGUGUGGUUACCGAUGGCACUCUUCAGAGUUCUUUGCUCGGCGAAUGUUGUACGGUUUGAAUGGAGAUGGAAACACUGGGAUAAUCUUUAGACGUCAGGGAUUUCUCUGGGUAAAGUAAACCCGCUCCUACACAUCGAAUAGGAAACACGUCGGAGUAUCAGAGUGUUAACUUCUCAGAAAGAUUUUUAGGGUCGAUGACAUACCGUGCUAAAAACCGCACUAAACAAAGUAGUUGCUCAUCAUUAGCAAUCACAGUGGAGCCACAUAGCCUCGAUAACUCUAAUUCGUAUAAAGAUGGUUUUACAAUAUGGCUUGGUAAGGUGACUUGGAUAGCACUUUGUUAACUACUGCAGGCGAAUAUCGAGUCUGACAUUACUUACCCCUGGUUGAUCACAGUGCCAUAACAAGGAAACUCACUACUUACUAUUUUAAUCAAAACCAUGUAAAUCAGUAAUAAUAAGCGUUUAAAGUAACGAACAUCAUGAUAGGCCAAGGGUAUUUUGAUUAGACAUCAGAGGUAAAGGCCAUCUUUUAUCACGUCAAUUUUUGAAGUCCUAAAAUUCCAGUAUUUAACCACCUUUUUUUUCUACUUUUCCUCGCACUAUCACAUAAAAGAGGCUGCCAAGUAAGCGCUACAACCAUUACAGUUGCGUUAUUACUACUCUGAAUUUCAAUAAUGUAUUGUAAGACAAUGUAUAGUAGCAAAUAAAAAUCCAAGGGUACCUCAA